UUCUCGUCGCUUGUUUUGUCUUUGGGCUCAGAUUAGGGUUGAGCUUUCGGGCUUUCGGAGUUCCCAUGACUUGACUCUAUGACGCUGCGGCAAAGCUGCAGUCUUUUCCACCAAAAAUUGGUGCAUAGAGCUCAGUGAUGGCGGGAACAUUGUUCAGAUCUUUCCAUGAUCUUGUUCGCGAAAUUGAACAGGAGUAUGAAGACGAGCUUGCAAGGCUCAGACAAGAGAAUCUUUGGAUGCGUCAUCGUCUUGGAUUUGCGCAGGACGAACCACUGAAUCAAGAAAAGGUGUUAGGCAAAAUCGGCAUCACCCCGAAGGAGGUUAAGGACUUGAGAGUGGACAAUGAACCUCAAGGUAUGGAUAUCUCUCACAACUCUUCCCGCAAAGAUGCAGAGAUUGUGGAAGAUAGCGUCGGAGCACUUGCCCCCUUUGUCAUCAAUGGUGGCAUCGUUGAGGCAAAAGAGUUUACCUUUGAAAUGAAAGACAUGUGGCGCAAGAGUGCCAUGAAGCUUUCUGCGUGGGAAAACAGCCUGUCGACUGAGCUGACACAAGAUCUUGAAAGAGUUGCUCUGCCAACUGGUACCGUGGAGCUUGGUGCACAUCCGAGCCCGGGAGCUUCAAGCAUGGCCCGUAGAAUUCAACUCCCUAUGAGUCCAAAUGCUCCAGCGCGACUUACUUGGGAUGUGGCCAGCAUGGUUCUUAUCAGCUACGACGUUUGGUGGAUCCCAUUGCAGUGUUUUGACCCGGCGGAAAGCUUUUUCACUACAAUGAUGGGUUGGAUCUCGCUUAUCUUUUGGACAUUGGACAUGGCAGCAACACUGAUGGUUGGCUAUUUUGACAAUGGCGAGCUUGUCCUAUCACCGAAGAGGAUAGCAUAUCGGUACCUUCGAACAUGGUUUCUCCCUGACCUGAUCGUUGUACUUCCGGACUGGUUCACUCGUGUAGUGAACACUGAAGGCGGAGAUGGACUAGCCACAGCUGCAAGGAUGAUCAAAGGCUUCCGAGCUAUUCGAAUCCUGAGACUUCUGCGGCUGUUGAAACUGCAACGCUUGAUGAACAUGGUGUAUGACUUGAUUGACAGUGAGUACAUGUUUAUCGUUUUUACCAUGAUCCGCCUCAUCGUUGCAAUCACGGUGCUGAACCAUGUUAUUGCUUGCUUAUGGUUCCUCGUUGGCUCCCUGACUAUGUCAGCAAGUAUGCCAAACUGGUUGCAAAAUACAGGACUGAGUCCCGUCAAUGAGGGAGAGUUCGCAUGGAAGUAUCUUACCUCCCUCCACUGGAGCCUCACGCAGUUCACACCUGCUUCCAUGGAUGUCAGUGCCCGGAAUGAGUACGAAAGGGUCAUGUCAAUUCUUGUUCUAUUCUUUUCGUUGGUGGCGUUCUCUUCAAUCGUAGGAAGUGUCACAAAUUCCAUGACGGCUCUUCGCAACAUGAGCGGGGACAACAAGAAGCAAUUCUGGCUACUCCGACGUUUCCUGAAUCACAAAAAGAUAGGUAAAACGACAUCAGCGAGAAUUAUCCGCUUUUUGGAGCAUCAGACUGCCAAUCAGCAGGGUGAUGUGAACCCAAGCUCGAUCAUGAUUCUGACCCUUCUCUCCGAACCAUUGAAGAAUCUCUUAGCAUAUGAACUGAGCAAGAAGCACGUCGAACUUCACCCGUUCUUCAACCACCUUGAGAAAGAAAUGAGUCCAAUUCUCGUGAAGCUGUGUGACACGGUCCUUUCCGCAGUCGAUUUAGCCAGUGAAGACGUCGUUUUUCAUCCUGGGGAAGAGGGGGAAAAGAUGUACUUUGUCAAGAGCGGAAACUUGGAGUACAUGCUCCCCAAUGGCGAUGUCCUCAAGCCUCGCCUCCGAGAGAAGGCAUGGUUGUCCGAAGCAGUUCUGUGGACAACCUGGUGGCACCGAGGUGAAUUCAAGGCCAUUGCUCCUUCACAACUCGCUGUCAUCAGACCUGGUCCAUUCGCAGAGGUUAUGAAGAUACACCCGCGACCUUGGAGCUUUUGCAGGAACUACGCAGAACUUUUUGUGAAGUAUCUCAACCAGAAGAGUCACAAAAGUACACUGACGGAUGUCAUUUUGAACUCCGACUAUUUUGGCAGCCACAACAUCAUGGGCUGUGACAAGGACUUUGAAGUUGAUAUGGCCUGCAGGAAGACGGCCAUAAAUUUGGCGGAAAGGCCUGGAAGUUUGCCAGCAGAGGUGGCGCCAGAAGAUCCUGCUCCUCCUGUGCCAGACGAACAUGGACAGUUGCCGCCAGACGAACGUAUUGAAGCAGCGAGUUGCUGAGGUCUUCAGAUCAUUUGCAAAUUUCCCAAUUUGCCGGCAAGAAUCAGAACAACACAGGGUGAAUUCAGCUCUUGUUUGCGUCACACCUAUUGUGACCAGAGAAUGCUCCUUUGGUAGAUCAUUCUCUCAGUCUGCUGUUGCCAGCAAAACAGGUCAAGUUUCACAGAUUUGCGAACAUUGUGGCAAAGAACAUGUCCCAAAGUUCAUGUCCAGAGAAACCCAGAAGUGCGAUCAUUUGUGGCGGUUG